AUGGUUUUGCUUUCACUUCCAAUCAUCACAAUUGUUUCUCCUACCACGAUAAACCGCUCUGCCAGGCUCUCCAGGAAGAGACUUUCAAAGAACUGCAGCUCAGAGAACGACAAAAAGUCCAUUGCUCAAACCGCAAUCAUGUCUGGCGGUGCACCGCCCAAGCCUCCCCCCUCGGGCGCCAUGUCCCUCUACGCGAACCUGCUCGACCCAAAGGCCGCCGCGGGCGACUCGACCGCACCCAAUGCGCGUGCUCCGGCCAAGACUGGCGAUGAGGCCGUCGGCGACAAGAAACCCUUGGAUCCAGCCAUGCUCCGCUUCCAGCCCAUGCGCCGACCCCAGCAGGGUCAAAAACCGAAGCCUAAAGGAUCCUUUCCCAAAAUUGGGGCUAUUGCUGCGCCUGCAACUACGACUCCGGCAGCGGCUACAGCCACAGCAGCAGCCACAACAGCAGCAUCUUCCACUUUGGUAGAUCAAUCAGCCUCCUCAGCGCCCAUACAGCAACCACCUCGAAGCAAGCUGGCCGACUGGGCUGCAACUGAGGAUGACGAAUACAUUUACGGGCUCGGCAAGCGGCACCGCGGUGGCCGCAAGGCUAAGAAGAAGAACAACCGCGAUGACAGGGACAGGCAAACCGACUGGGACGAGCUCUACGAUCCGGCGCGCCCCACAAACGUAGAAGAGUACCUGCGAAGCGACGAACGGAUUGCUGAGAUCAGGGAAUGGAAGGGUGUCUUGUACGCGCACCGUAGGCGCAGAGAACAAAACCGCGCCAGAUCUAGGUCUGGUGGGGGUAGUCGUGGAAGUAGCAGCGGCUCUGAGGCGGCUAGAGCUCCUCGUACGAACCAGUUUGCUCCCCCGCCGCAAUAUUCAUUUGCGCCUCCUCAACAAUCACCCCCUCACGCUCAAAAAGAGUCGGCCGCGCCUGUUCACAUUGAUGAGGCCACCGGUGAUGAUGCGUACGCCCGCCGUUUAGCCCUAUCCAAAGGCCAGGAAGUUGAUGCGCCACCCCCGCAGCCUGGCGCGGUCCCCUCUGCAACCAUCUCACGGGCCCCAGUCCGCUACGAGCCAACGGCGCUGCACAACGAGGAUGGUGAGGAUAUGGACAUUGACGAGGAAGAGGAUGAGCGCCCUGGCCUUGGCUCGGUGAAAACCAACGACUCGGAUGCUAUGCGCUCCAACCGGCCUGGCCAGGCUGGCUUUGCGUCGCGCAUGAUGGAGAAGAUGGGUUGGGAAAAGGGCAAAGGCCUCGGCGCCGAGGAAACAGGCAUCACCUCUGGCUUGAGCGUCAAGGUCGAGAAGCGCCGGAAGCGCCCAGACGCCGAGGGCGGCGGAUUCGCUGCCCCUGGGAACAUGGCCCGUGUCGUAGGCGGUAACCGUGGGACUCAGGACGUGGGCAAGUUUGGCUCCAUGAGCGAGGUUGUCGCCCUGGGUGGGAUGCUCGAGGGCAUGGAGGAUGUGGCAGGCGAGGUUGCCGAGGGCUUGGCCCAAGAGAUUGGCGAAGAGUGCGGCGAGAAGUACGGUCGUGUCGAGAGGUUAUACAUCGACGUCAAGACCAGGCAGGUUUUUAUCAAGUUCACAGAUCAGGUCUCGGCUCUAAGGGCUGUCAACGCCCUGGAGGGUCGCAUAUUCAACGGUAACGAGAUCAAGCCUAAGUUCUACGAUUUAGAAAAGUUUGAGCAGGGGGUUUAUCAUUGA